ACCACGGCCACUUCGACGCUGUAAAAAACUACGCAGAGCAUCGCACAUACACACGGCCAGAGUCAAAGGUACAGAGUUCAGACACCAUACCAUGCGUGCUCCGGCGAGCCUCCUGCACCGAGCCACCCCUCGCCACCACCAGCCCCGGCGAGCCGUCGUCGUCGCCGGUGAGCAUGCAGGUCCCGGAGCAGCAGCGGCAGCAGAGGGCGCCCGUGAUGGCAAUGAACUCGGACAUGGUGGUCAUCCUGGCGUCGCUCUUGUGCGCGCUCGUCCUCGCCCUCGUCACCCACUGCGCAUGCAGACGCCGGCGCUACGCCAAUUCUCCUCCUCCCCCCAAGGGCCUCAAGAAGAAGGACAUCGAUGCUCUCCCCACCGUCUCCUUCGCUGCCGCGGCUCCAGCGCAGUCAUCGUCGUCGUCGUCGUCGUCAGAAUGCGGGAUCUGCCUGGCCGAGUUCAUGGAGGGGGAGGGACUGCGCGUGCUCCCGCAGUGCGGCCACGGCUUUCAUGUCGCAUGCGUCGACGCCUGGCUACGGACCUGCGCCACAUGCCCCUCCUGCCGCGCCCCCAUGGUUGCCACGCCCGCGACUCCCACUGUGGUGGUCGUAGUGGCGGCGAACAACAGGUGCGAGAGGUGCGGCGAUCGAGAUGGCGGCGCCUAA